UGCUGCUGCUGUACACGCUCGGCUAGCGCAUGGCUGCCGUGACGCCCUUCGACUACCUCCCCUGCUUCUCCUCCCGGCUCGCCCGGCAUGGUGGCAGCAGUGAUGAUGGCGAUGACCUUGCCCGAGUCGCUCUCAAGUCCAUCGGGUUCAUCUUUGCCACAACCAAAGCCGGCAGUGUGCUGGAUUACAAACCAUCCAUUGUGGCUGCAGCUGCAGCAGCGCCACGGCCAGCUCGACAUCCUCUACAGCAAGGGUCCUCGGCGCAUGCGCCCCUGGCCGCGCUCAACCUCGCCGACUUCGACCGCGUCAUGGCGGCCAACACGCGCUCCACGGUGGCCGGCAUCAAGCAGGCCGCGCGCGUCAUGGUGCCGCGCCGCAGCAGGUGCAUCCUCUGCACGGGGAGCACCACGGGCACGCUCGGCGGGGUCCCCGCGCUCCCGUACAGCCUCUCCAAGGCCACGGUGGUGGGCGUGGUGCGGCUGGUCCCGGAGGAGCUGGCGCGCCCCGGCAUGCGCAUGAACGCAAUUUCACCGCACACCAUCGCCACGCCGCUCCUGGUCCGGUCGCUGGCGAGGGCGAACCCGGACGUCGGCGACGAGACGCUGAAGCGGAUGGUGGAGAGGGGCAUGAGCAAGCUCCAAGGGGCCGUGAUGGAGCCGGAGGACAUGGCCAGAGCCGCCGUCUACCUCGCGUCCGACGAGGCCAAGUACGUCACCGGGCAUAACCUCGUGGUGGACGGUGGCUUCGCCGUCGGGAAGCUGAUCAACGUGCGCCCGGCGAGCUGAGGGGAGCCGCAACUUCAAAAGUUAUUUCAUUGUUAACCCGACAAACGGUGUUCGUGCCAAUACAACGUAACUCUCUAAAAUACUGGCAUAGACCACAGGGCGUAGGCACAAUUGAUUCCAUGCACGCCUCCCGUUUUCAGGAUCGUUUUGUUCUGCUCUA